AUGUCCCCCAAGUGGAGCGACGUCAAGUCUGAAAGCGAGGCCUUCACGGCCGCGGUCUGUGAAAUCGAGGCAUGGUGGCAAUCAGACAGACAGAAGCAUAUCAAGAGGCCGUACACGGCGAAGUCAAUUGCCGCCUUACGAAACAUUGGGUUCAAGAUUGAGUACCCAUCCAGCGUUCAGGGUAGGAAGCUAUGGCGCAUCCUCAACGAGCACAAUGACAAUGGCACCUAUGAAUUGACUUUUGGCACAACCGAGCCCCUCAUUGCAAAAGAGAUGGCCAACUCAAACUUGGUUCCAUCCGUCGUAAAACGUAUCUUCAACACACAACUCUUCCAUGACCAGCGCCAGACUCAGCUGCGGAUGAGAUACUCUGAAACCGACAGAGAGUCGUUAGAGUGCAUCGACUACAUGCUGCCUAUCGUUGCCGAUGCCGAUAUGGGAUUCGGGACGCUGACUGGCUGCAUGAAGUUGGUUCGCAGCUUUGUUGAAGCUGGAGUUGCCAUGAUACACAUCGAUGAUCUUGCCAUGGGUCUGAAGAAGUUCACGAACGGCGAGGGUCGGACUAUCAUCCCUACGUCGGACUACUUGUCAAGGUUGACAACCGUCAGAAUGACCUUUGAUACCAUGGGGGCGGACACGAUGCUCCUGUGCCGAUGUGAUAGUGACCAUGCGGAGUUCAUCACAAGUGUGAUUGACCCCAGAGAUCACGCUUAUGUUGUGGGAGCAACCAAAGUGGUUCCCUCCUUCAUCCAAGCCCUGGAUGCUGGAAGUAUUGCUGGAAAAGAUUACCUGACAGUCAAGACUGAGUGGAAAGCCUCGGCUGGAUUGAUGACAUUUGACGAGGCUGUCAAGUCCACAGCGACCGGAGAGCAGUACAAUGCAUACGUGGAAGAGAUUGGAGACAAAAUCGUAGCGUUGCAAGACCGGCGAGCAACCGCCAAGCGUAUCGUCGGGAAGGACAUCACGUUUGACUGGGAGCUUCCAAGAACACCUCUUGGCCAGUACAUGUGGCAUUGGAGUACAAAGGCUGUCAUUGACCGAUGUAUUCUCGCAGCGCCCUUGGGAGACGUUACAUGGAGUCGUCAGGACAAGGAAGACAUGCACGAAUUCCAUACCGCCUUAAGAGAGGCUUACCCAAACCGCCUCUUUGCCUUUGGAUACACUGGCGCAUACGACUUUAGCAAGGGCGGGUACUCUCCGGAAGAAGUCGAGACCUUCCCCGCGGACAUUGCAAAAAUGGGCAUCGUGUGGCAGGUACAGCCAAUCUGGGCCACGCAGGGCUUGAGCUUGCACGCCAAACAGUUUGCGGAGAAGUUCAAGAAGGGAGGGAUCGCCGGUUACAUGCGGGACGUGGCUGCUCCCGCGAUCGCGGGCAUGGCUACCGAUAAGUACGGGAAGCCGACGUCUCGUGGCGGAUACCUGGCCGAUGCGUUCUUUGAUGUUGUUGGAGGAGUGGAGAUCACGGAGCGCGUCUGA